AUGGCCAACGUGUACAUUAAACCGGAGAUCAUCAGCCUGGACGAUGAUGAUACAGAGCAAGGGCAACGUGAGCAGCAACCCGAUGAGGCCCAACUCCUAGCCGACCUCCGGCUCCUGAAGGCCGUCUUCGAGCGGCACAUCUUCAAAUGCAACAUCUGCCCAUCAAGCUAUGCAAGUUCAGCCGAAUUAGAGGCACACAUCAGGGGACGCCAUUCAGAUGAUGUUGUCAAUCAAUAUUUAAGGCUCGUCCUCAACCAACAAGAAAAAUCAAGCUUGCGCCCCCAGCCGACCCAACCGCCUCCACAACACAGAAGCGGAAAGCUGGGCCACCCGUGCUGGUCGUUUUUUGAGCGUAUCGAUCGCUUUGACGCGAUGUGUCUGGUGUGUCGGAUGAGGGUACGGUCGGCGUGUUCGACGAACUUGUGUCGACAUCUCAGCCGACAUCAUCCGGUUCAAUCCAUGCAGGUUCAAGCCCGCCAAGCCCGCCGUAGAGCUACAGUCCGUAUGGCGUGGGAUUUCUCGGAUCACCAGACCCAGCCUGAUGAACCCAGGGAUAAGCUGGGACUUCCGGAAGUCGAUCCCGAAUCCUGGACGCCGAAGCGGAUGCGGAGAAGCGCUUCUGAGGGAGCUUUAGCCCAAGUCGAUGAUGAAGCCGCAACGAUGCCAAAAAUUCAAGGCCAUGAACCCGAAGUUGAAGCCGACGCCCGACUGCUGGGUUUGUUUCCGGAAGAUUUCCGCGAGUGUACACCUUCCGGAAGUACGGCAGAAGGCUCGACUAGUUCGCAACUUCCUGACCGAAGCUCGGUGCUUGUACGUCUUCCAGACCAUGCCCAAGCAGUACGAAGAAACAAUAGUCCCUCCGCUCCAUCCCACUCCAAUCGACGCUCAAAAACAGGGCUGGGAGGUAUCGGGGAAGAGAUCCGCCUCCCCGGUCUCCCCGGGGCGAUCCAGCGUUGCUCGUCAGCGCCCGCCUCUUGCUCUGGGUUGCCCCUCCCUUCUAUUCCACACCCGUCAUCUACCGUACCCAUGGAUGGGGAUACUGCAUCCCAUCAGCAUCGCCCGCUUGCCCUUCGCCCCGUACCGCUUCCGCUUACGGCCGGAUCGUCUUGGACGUUGUCCCAUGCGUCCGCUGGACUUCAGGCCGCCUAUCAGGUCCCCGAUCUCCGUCCAUCAGCUGCCAAUGGGUACGAUCUUUUUGUUGAUCAACUGCAACAACACCACAAACAACAAUACGACGGCCACAAACCGUACGAUUAUACUCUGGCCGCAUCCUACGAUGGCGUCGCAAAGGUAUUCGCCGACGAUACGGUAGUGCUCAAGACAGAGGAAAAGCCCUUCGACCCGCAUCCCCAUAUUCUGGUGGCCCCAAUGGGCACUGGGAGUGAUAUGGUGGACACGGGGAUACUCCGAACGCCCUUCUCAUUUCACCCUACGCUCUCCACUGCCCAAUCAACAUUUCCUACGGCAUUCCCCUCGACGACCACGGCGUCACUUGGGGCUCAGGAUCUUUUGAAUCAAUCUACACAUUCACACCUUGAUCAUCACCAUUUAAAUGGGCAACUCGCGCUCGGAAAUGAGCUUCUCCGUGAGCAAGUCCUCAACAGUACCCAACAGCUCCAACAUUCCCUCGCCCAGCAGCAACACCACCAGAUACAACUCCAGGCCCCGUCGGUCAUCGAAACGCGGAAAAGCGCAGAAGCGAAUGCUAAGGGAGACGGUGCCACCCCAGCCAAGCGAGGCCGGCCAACCGAGAACCCAUGUUGGAAUUAUUUCAUCCGACUCGACGACCAGAAUGUGCGAUGUCGCAUUUGUAGCAAGGUGGUGAAAUCGGCAUGCGCGACGAAUAUGACGAAGCACCUGGAGCGGCAUCACCAGAAUGACUACCAGCAUCUGAUCAUCCAGAUCAAGCAGUACAGGCAGCAAAAGGUGCCGCAAAGCGUCAUCCUACCACCCGGAUCCAAUGGCUGUUUACUCCCCGGCACGGCCACCGCCCAUUUUGUUAAGGGCGAAAACCCGUACAUCCAAGACAUCUACUCGCAGCAACAGUUCGACUGUCCGGAUGCGUUGUUGCGGAAUUAUGUCGAUGUCAAUGGGCAUCAGCUCCCCUGGAACCGUAACAACAAUACCCGGGGAUGGAGCGGCUUCGACGGAUGGGCAAACGAAGCUGCCCCGUCAACAAUGGCUGAUGCAUGGGGCCACUCGGCCGUCCCCACCGAUCCGACCCAGCCAAUGCAAUCACAACACGACAAACCGAUGCUGAAACGAAACCGCAAAACGGAGCAUCCCGUAUGGGAAUUUUUUAAGCGAACCCUAGACGGGAAUGCCCAGUGCUCAAUCUGCGGCGGUGUCGUCAAGUCGCCGUGCUCCUCGAAUUUUAUGCGACAUCUGAUGCGCCACCACGCCUCCGAGUACAAUGCCGUCUAUGUCAAAUGGAUGCAGAAGCGGGUGCCGUUAAAA